AUGUCUUCAGAAUGGAUCAUAAACUUUAAUAGUUUAGUCCAGAAAACAUCUCAAACAUUUGGAAAUGGUAGCGUGGCCCAGGUUGUGUUAAGUAAAGGAACAGCUGGAGGUCCGGAGACUAUUUAUUGGAGCUGGGGUUUGGGUGUGACCAUGGGGGUUUAUGUCGCUGGUGGUAUUUCAGGGGCUCAUUUAAAUCCUGCAGUGACACUCACUAUGGCUUGUUUGAAGAAGACAUCGUGGAAGAGAGUGCCUUUUUACAUGUUGGCUCAAUAUUUGGGGGCUUUUAUAGCUUCUGUUAUGGUGUUUGUAGUAUAUUUAGAUUCUAUCAAUAAUUAUGAUGGUGGUAUUCGAGCGGUGAUCGGUGAUAAAUCCACAGCUGGUAUCUGGUCAACCUACCCACAGUCUCACCUUUCAACUAUCAAUGGUUUUGGCGAUCAGAUAUUUGGUACAGCGUUGCUAUUAAUUUGUGUUCUGGCGGUAACUGAUAGAAAGAAUAUGAAACCUGAUUCAGGACUGGUUCCAUUGAGUAUAGGUUUAAUAGUCGUGGUGAUUGGAAUGACUUUUGGUUACAACUGUGGGUAUGCCAUCAACCCAGCUCGAGAUCUUGGUCCCAGAAUAUUUACCGCCAUUGCAGGCUGGGGUGAAGAACCUUUUAGUUUUAGAAAUUAUAAUUGGUUUUGGGUGCCAGUGAUAGGAUCUCAUAUAGGAGCUCUAGUAGGGGCUGCUAUUUAUCAACUGUGUGUAGGGCUUCACUGGCCCUUAGACCAGAACGAUGAGAUACUUAAAAUACCAAAUAACGUGUACGAGAACGAGGUCAGUGAAAUGGAAUCCUGCAAGAAAGAGGUCGACACGCAUCUUUAA